AUGGAGAAAAUAUAUCCUCAAAUACCUAAGGAAGUACAUCAACAAGCAAGACAUGUUCGCUUGUUAUUUUUCGGGUUCCCGAUGUUCUUAAUCACAAGUUAUUUAUUAUACAAAAGAGUAAUUGUUGGUGAAGAAAAAAGAGUUAGAACUGGUGAAAUUUUGGACGAUGGCUCUAUCAGACCUUUCUCCCCACAAGAAAUCAAAGAUCAUGAUGAAAAGAGCAUAAUGACACAGAUAUUUGGCGAUGAGUCAAAAGCGGGCGAGUUACCAAAAAGAUAA